AUGAGAACGAGUAAGAAAAAAAUUCCAUUUAGCAAAUUAAAGAAAGUCUUUGAUUCUUUAAAAGAAAUUAAAGAAAUUAAUGAUGAAUAUUAUUCUGACGAUCAAUCUUACAAACCUUCAAACAACUAUUUGAAAAACUUAGCACUUUUCAAGGAUAUUUUGGAUAAAGAAUACACCGGCAAAGCAAAGAAAAAAGAAAUUCUUGACUUUUUGGUUGGAUCAGAACCAACACCUGAAAUCGAAGAACCUCAUGUUGACGUUAAUGAUACUGAAGCUGAAAUAGAGGAAUUAAUGAAUAUUCCUACAGCGCAGAUACCAUUAAAGAAGUCCCAUGAUGAAAGGUUCCAAGAUUUUGUUCAAGAAGUUUCACAGAAUUUGUUGAACGGUGAAUUUGAUGAAAGUUUAUCCAAAGAAGGUACAGAGUUUGUCAAAAGACAUAAAUUACAGUUCAUGGAUUCUAAUCUUGAUUGUAUCGAACUGUUCCAUCCAUUAGAUGAAGUCGCUUUCAAGAAAGUUCUUGCCUGUAAUCACUACAAAAAGAAAUCCAAAAAUAUUGAAGACAAAGGUUUGUAUACAUUAUAUUAUCUCAACAAUGUUUCAGAUGUAAAGCAGAUCUUAGAUUACUUGGAUGACAUUGCAACAAAAACGAAAAGAACAUAUAAGAUCUUAUGUGAUUUUGGAUUCGUUACUGAAGAUUCUGUUACCAAACAAUAUUCAUUAACACCACCAAAAGAAGACGAAGUUGAACGUUCAAUCCCUUUCACGAUCUCAAACAUCAAAGACAUGAACUCCUAUAAACAUUAUGUUUAUGCAAACAUUUCUGAGAAGAUGGAACAAACACACAUGUCUUCAAGAAUGAAAUAUUGUGCAAUCACAACAGCUUUGUUCAAAGUUAUUCCGUUAAGAAAGUCUGGCGGCAAGUUCCAAGCAAAAGGUUAUGCAUUCUUGAGCAAAUUGAAAUGCAUCAGACAUGUUGAAGAUGAAAAAAAUUUAUGCACAUUUAAUGCUUUAUAUUUUCUUUUAAAGGAUUAA